UACAGCUUCCGCGUCCGGAGUCUGCCAAAGGCUGCUGGGCGGAGUAAAGGAUGUCGCUUGGGGGCAUCGCGGGUCUCCUGGCGUUGCGAUUCCCGGAGCCGGCCGAGCUCGGUCGCUGAGCACGCAGGCUUACAGGUUGGCUUUCCCGCCGCGGCGUAUGUGGUCCCUCCGCGUCGCAGAAGCACCUGCGCAGUGCUGGCCGGCCGCAGUAUAGAUCAAGAGGAGUUGUGACUCCAGUGACAUGGCUUUAAUCACCUUGAGGAGGAACCUUUGUCAUUUGCCUGAUUUUCGAAUACAUGGAGCUGUGGCUGCUCUGAAAAAUCAACCUGUGAAUCAUGUUCACAAGGCAGCCAAGGCGCAUCUAUGUCCUUUGCUCUUUUCACAACAGUCAUCACCUUUCAGGGUCAGGUUCCAUCAUUCCUGUUGUAAAAAGUUCCAUUCGGAAAAUGGAAAUGACCUUCAUCCAGUUGGUGAACCCAUGUUUUCUCAAGUACAUGAUUGGGACAGGCAGGGAGAAAAUACUGAAAACGUUGAUGAAGAGAGAUUUUACAGGAGACUAAGCAGCUUCACUUCAUCAGCAGAAGUGUUAGGUUUUAUAAGCACACUGGCCACUCUGCCUGAUGCUGUGGCAGCAAGAGCUCUGCAGUGGAUUUGUGAGAUGGAAAAAAAAGAUGGCAACAGCAGGUUGCCAAAAGAAAUACUAGAAAAUAACAUCUUCAAGGCUUUAUGCUUUCGAUUUGAACAGGAACCUUCACGUCUGUCAAAUACUGAUAUAGUGACUGCUUUGCAAGCUCUGAGUCUGUUGCAUGUGGAUCCUCAGAGUGGCUUGUUAGUGAGCCUGGUGGCAGAAUGCCAAAGUCGUCUCAGAAAGGGUGGCCUAGAAGUCCACAAUCUCUGUAUUCUUGGAGAAAGUCUGAUUAAACUGCAAGGUCCAGGUUGUACGACACUAGAAGUGAUCCUGUGCCAACUGCAAGGUGAAAAUUUGGAAAAAUUUACCCCAGAGGAUAUUGUGGCCCUUUAUAGAAUGUUUCAAGCAUGUCCUGGAAAAGUGGAACAGCUCCAGACAUUUUUAAAUCAGGUGAACAACUACUCUCUGUCAGUUGUUUCCAAUCUGAGUCCUAAAUUGAUUAGCCAAAUGCUCAAUGCCCUAGUGGCACUUGAUCAAACUCGAGCUCUUCCUCUGAUUAUAAAAUUGGGUAAAUACGCUGUUAGGCAUAUCCCUAAUUUCACCAAUGAAGAGCUGAAGAAAGUCUUAGAGGCUUUCAUAUAUUUUGGACACACUGACAGAUUUUUUACAAAAGCCCUGGAGCAACAUGUGUCUGCACUUUGUCCUUCUCUGAAUCCUGAAAUUGUCAGCAAAAUCAUGGAGUACUGCAGUAGAAGACUGAUUCUUUCAAAACCCAUCUUGGAUGCAGCAGCAGAAAUUUUUGUUUGCCAAUCAGAAAAGUUUUCACCUAGUCAGAUUUCUGAAUUAAUCGAACCAUUUGGGAAACUCAAUUAUUUACCCCCAAAUGCCUCUGCUUUAUUUAGAAAGCUAGAAAAUACACUAUUCACAGAUUUCAAUCAUUUUCCACCCAAAAUACUACUGAAACUUCUCCAUUCAUGUUUGCUUAUUGAACGCCAUCCAGUCAACUUUAUGGCAAAAAUAUUUAGCCCUUAUUUUCUUCAACAGCUGCAAGGUGAAGAAACAUAUCUGGACAGGUUGAAUCUGGCACAACUGACACAACUGUACUUGACCUCAGUCCUGGAAUGUCCUUUCUAUAAGGGUCCAAAACUUCUUCCUAAAUAUCAAGUGAAAUCAUUUCUAACUCCAUGCUGUUCCCUGGAGACCCCUGUGGAUUUUCACCUUUAUAAAUCUGUGAUGAUUGGAUUGAUUGACCUUUUAGGAGCAAGAUUGUACUUUGCUUCCAAAGUGUUAACGCCCUAUUGUUAUACAAUAGAUGUUGAAAUUAAAUUAGAUGAAGAAGGAUUUGUAUUACCACUUACAGUUAAUGAAGAUGUACACAAAAGAAUAGCACUGUGCAUUGAUGGCCCCAAAAGAUUUUGCUUUAACAGCAAAAACUUACUAGGAAAAGAAGCUGUUAAACAAAGGCACCUCCGGUUGCUUGGUUAUCAAGUUGUCCAGAUUCCCUAUCAUGAGGUUGAGAUGCUAAAAUCAAGACCUGAGUUAGUGGAAUAUUUACAAAGAAAAUUAUUUUCUCAAAACGAUGAGGUUCAACGGUAACAAGAAGGAAUACUGACUUCAGAACUCAGACUGUGGAAGAAGUUGCAUUUUUGUGGGACACAAUAUAAAAAAGAAUUUAAUUUGUGAAUUAGCCAUUUUGCAGAAUUGUGGACUAUUUGGUGAUCUGAAAAGGGUUGUACACAUCUUACAGAGAUACAGAAGGAUCUGUGGUUUUCCUUAUACUCUGUAUACCAAGUAUCACUGGUUGAUUUUAAAUUAAUUUUAAUACUAGUAUCAUAGAUACUUAUUUUUAUAUAUCAAACAAUUGAUUAAGUACAAUAAAGGAAUAUAAUGAAUAAAUAUUAUUUUUAAACCUA